AUGGCGGACACUUUAAGGAGAUUGACCAAUACAUCUUCCUUCAGCGUCUUACAGGACAAGCUGGAGAGCUGGCACAAAGACUACCAUGUGAUUUCCUGUGACCAGAAUCUGAACAAAUGUUGUGAGCUGAUUGAACUCACGGCCAAGAUCCAAGGCCAACUGUUUGCCAUCCUUAACCUCACAGCGGCUGAAGGGGGACACUAUGCUGGAGUGGACACUCUGAAAACACGACUGCUGCCAUGGCUUGGAACCUGCUUCUCAAUGGCAAGGCCCUCAGUCACCGAUGACACCAGUCUGCAGCUCAUCCAGGAUUCAGCGGAAAAAGACAGAAGGAUCAGGGAACUCUCAGUCUCCCAUGACAGCGACAUGCAGAAGAUCGAGACUCAGCUGUGCUCGACUCGAAUACAACUGGACUCAGUCAGAGCAGAACUGAUUGAUGCUAAAAACGAACUGGAUGAGACAAAGACCAAAUCAGCAACAACCCUGCUGGCCACCGAAGAUGAAAUAUUACAACUUAAAGCAGAUUUGAGAUCUUCACAUGAGCAGGUGGAGAUUUACAAGAGGAAGCUGGAUGCUCUCGAUGACUACGAGCGUCAGAUUCGCUUGUUGAGAGAUGAAGUGUCUUACCUGAGCACAGAGAAGGCCAUGCUGCAGGAGAGGUUGGUGAGAAGUCGCUCUCCCAGCCCCCUGCCCAGACUCAGCCGCUCAUCCAGCCCAGUGAGGAGCGAGUCGCCCACCAGGGCUCAGCUCACCAACUCGUCCCGCCACGCUCGCCUGGUGUCGCGCUUCAGUGACCUGUACGCUGUGGAGCGUCUGGAGGCCCAGAGCCUGCUUCGGCGCUACAUUGCUGACUUGGAGAUGGUUCAGAAAAUCAUCUUCAUCGCUGUUGUGGAGUCCUUUAAGACAGCUAAACUGGCUUACCGCCACUUCAAGCUGCGAGUGAGAAAGACACUGUCCACAUCCCACUUUGGGCCAGAAAGCCUCGAGGAUGCAGCUGUGGACUACAUUGUCAGAAAUCUGGACCUCUAUGAUGUUCAGGCCAGCGUCAAUGAUGUGAUCAAUGCCAUGAAUGUGGACCCUCGCAUCUCCUUCCCACCAGAAGUGGACUUUGCGCUAAUCAGCGCCUUGAUCAGGGAGGUGUGCAGGGCGGCCUUCGCCAUGCAGACUCUGGACAUGCCGCUUGACUUGGCCUUCGCAAGUGAUGGGGAACUACACAAUGACAGCAAGUACAGACGUAGCUAUGACUCUGAGUUCACAGCUCCUCUGGUGAUGUACCAUGUGUGGCCGGCCUUGAUGGAAGGAAACACUGUGAUAGUGAAGGGCGAGGCGGUGACUAGAAGAGGCGCUCCGUGGCGCAGAAGCCGAAGCCGAAGCAGGAGUGCCAGCCCUGUGCGUUCUCGCUCUCUCAGCCCGACUCGCAGUCUUGCAUUUAACAGCAAAAGAGGCCUGUCUCCUGAUCGUCUCAGGGCGAGCUGCCUGUGAACUCUGACUGCACUGGCAAC